CACACAAAUUAAAACCUAAUCUCCCAACCUCAAACAACCACAUUGCCUUUUCCUUUGCCUCUCUCUUAUAGAAGAAUAGGUACUACACUAAUUGAUUCCCCCUCUAUUAGUUGUUCUCUUCCUUUUCCAUAUGCACCACUGUUUCAAAUUCUUCUAAACAACUCUUAACUGUUUUGGAUCUCUACAAUGCAAUGCUUGCUCUUCUCUAUCCUCCUAUGGCUUUCCCUUGCAUUCACUUGCGCGUCUGGAGAGAUUCACUACCACGAAUUUGUCAUUCAAGCGACGCCGGUGAAGAGGCUGUGCGAGAUGCACAACAUCAUCACGGUGAACGGCCUGUUUCCGGGGCCGACGUUGGAGGUUAGGAAUGGAGAUACACUUGUGAUCAAAGCCAUUAACCAAGCCAUAUACAAUGUCACAUUGCACUGGCACGGAAUAAGGCAGCUGCGGACGGCGUGGGCAGACGGGCCGGAGUUUGUGACGCAGUGCCCGAUCCGGCCCGGAGAGAGCUACAUAUACAGGUUUACAAUUGAGGGACAAGAGGGCACGCUGUGGUGGCACGCGCACAGCAUGUGGCUCAGGGCCACUGUGUAUGGAGCUCUCAUCAUCUACCCUGAAGAGGGCUCCAUUUAUCCCUUCACCAUGCCUAAGAGGGAGUUCCCCAUUUUACUUGGCCAGUGGUGGAAUAGGGACCCUAAUGAUGUUCUACGACAGGCGAUGAUCACCGGAGCAGCCCCAAAUAUCUCCGACGCCUUCACCAUUAACGGCCAGCCCGGCGAUCUCUACGACUGCUCCAGUCAGGAAACGACGGUGAUCCCGGUGGUAUACGGCGAGACCAACCUCUUCCGGUUCAUCAACGCUGCGAUGAACAACGAGCUCUUCAUUGCGAUCGCGGGCCACCUGAUGACGGUGGUGGCCGCCGAUGCGGCCUACACAAAGCCCUUCACCACCCCGGUCCUCAUGCUCGGCCCGGGCCAGACCACCGACGUCCUUGUCACGACCACCCAGGCCCCGGGCCGCCGCUACUACAUCGCCGCCCAGGCCUACGCCAGCGCCCAGGGCGUCCCCUUCGACAACACCACCACCACCGCGAUCCUCCAAUACGUCUCCGCCGCGUGUCCCACUGCAACGAGAACCUCCCCUUCGGUGUUCCCUCCGUUGUUCCCCGCCCUCCCCGCCUUCAACGACACCCAGACCGCCGCCGCCUUUUCUGCGGGGAUCAGAAGCCCGUCCCCUGUGGACGUCCCCGACCCGGUGGACGAGCACCUCUUCUUCACCGUCGGCCUCGGCCUCUUCAACUGCCAGCCGAACCAGCUGUGCGGAGGGCCGAACGGGACCCGCUUCACUGCCAGCAUGAACAACGUCUCCUUCGUGCUACCGCAGACCGUCUCCAUCCUCCAAGCCAGCUACCUCGGGGCGGAGGGCGUGUUCACCGACGACUUCCCCCCGGCCCCGCCGAUCCAAUUCGACUACACGGCGAGCAACAUAAGCCAGGACCUCCAGCAGCCAGUGCCGGGAACCAAGGUGUACAAGCUCAAGUACGGAUCGGUGGUGCAAGUGGUGCUGCAGGGGACCAACAUCGUCGCCGGGGAGGAGCACCCCAUGCACGUGCACGGGUACCAGUUCUACGUGCUCGCGACCGGGUUCGGGAACUACAACCCCGCGACGGACCCGGCGGGGUUCAACAUGGUCGACCCGCCGCAGCGGAACACGGUCGGGGUGCCGGUGAACGGGUGGGCGGUGAUCCGGUUCGUCGCGGACAACCCCGGGGUGUGGCUCGUGCACUGCCACCUCGACGUGCACAUCGUGUGGGGGCUCGCCAUGGCGUUCUUGGUGGAGAACGGGGUCGGGGAGCUGCAGGCCGUGGAGCCUCCUCCCAUCGACCUUCCCCUUUGCUGAAGGAGGUCGACGGCGGAUUCGGAUUCGGGUGCGUGUACAAUCACAAAUGGUGCCGUGCCAUUUCUCAUGAUUCGUUAAGAUUUGAAAUUUGUCACGACAGAGGGAACCCCUGUUCGAGUUGUGAGGGCUAAUUCUGUAGAGUUGUUGAAGCAGUGCUAACCACUUUGUCACCUAAAUUCUUGCUAAUAAAUUAUCUCAAAGAACGAUGCUACAAA